GAUAAGGUUGUAUUGUAAAAAAUUUGAUAAUAUAUAAUUUUUAUAAAAUAAUUCCCUCGUACGAACUAUAUUGACUCUGGUACCCCUUGUAGAGCAUUGGAGUCUGACCGUUCUGCUCUGAAAGGCGAUGAUCUGUGAAUUCCUUUUUCCUGAUUUCAUUUCUUUUCAGCAGCUUAACGAUGAUGUCCCCAACGUCUUCCCUCUCCGUCUGUGGUAUACUUGUGAUGACAUUUUUUACUCCUUUUGUAAUUUUUUUUCACAUUCCAAGGAAGUCCUUAGGUCAUCGAUUUCUCCCUGCAUAGAAACUGUAUUCUCUUCUAACUUUCUUAAAUUCUCAAAAAUGUCUUUGAAUUUUUGUUCAAACUCUGCAAUCACCACCAUGACUCUAUCAACCCUUGUUGACCCGUAAUAAUCUUCUCUUGUUUUCCAAACAUCUUCACAAUUAAUUUCUUGAGAGCAAGAAGUGCAGGAUUCUCAGAGCCCUCCUCACCUAGACCUAGGCCCGUUAUACGAGUUUUACUUGAUCUACAUUUCUCACAUUUCCAUCCCUGCUUCUCCCUUGCUGUCUUAGCUUUCCAUGUGGUCUUCGAUAUCCCAGCACAUCGAAAACGAAUAUCACUCUUACACUUUCCAUACGCUGCAAAGUCAGCAUUGUCCCUGGAUAGCUCAAUUAAAUACUUGGAGCAAGACGUUAUGGUAAAUUCAAACAUACGUUUGUGAAAAAUCUCUUAGAUACGGCUUACAGAUUGUUCCAAUAGUUGAAUAAUACUUAUUUAACCUGGUUUUAUGUCUGUUUUAUUUGAGUACCUAACUUCAAAUUGAAUGACCAACAGGAUUUAUCUUCUAUACAAUUUUAACAACAGUUUACAACAUGUUGCUAUUAACCCUCUCCCGUUCAUAAUAACAGGAAGCAUGGGUUACAGAAUGUUGUUGCACACUGUUUGCAGGUCCAGUAACUUCUUAUUGCCUUACCAGAAUCAGUUUUUCACCCAUUUUCUCGACAAACAACGCAAACUGUGUUGUAAGCUUUUUCUCAAGUUUAUAAGGGAUUUUUGGAGACACCAAAUUUUGUUUCCUUCUUAAUCUCUGUGGAGAACUAAAGUCCCCUAUCAGUUGUUGUACAAGUUGUUUUCUAAAUUCAAGUUGUGUAUUGCCAUGUUUGUUUACAGUGGGUAAGUUGAACAGUUUGAAUAUUGUAAAAGAGUUUACUAUGGCAGUAUUUAUAAUAAAGUGAUAUAUAUACUUCCACCACUUUUUUUGCCUACCAAAACUAUAAUAAUAACUGCCUGCGAUACUGGUCUGACCUGUCCACUCCUCCCAUAUGUUUUGUGUAUUGGCUCACGACCUGAGGACAGUCAACUUUUAUAGUUACCUUUUCCUGCUUUUCUGUCUAUUUGUAAUAUUAUGUUAGGGUUAGCAUUUGUUGAAAAAAUUAAACAACUCUGUUGUCGUGCCACACGGUCGCCACAACCCUACCACUUUGUCUAGAUAAACAUUCACCCCGUUUUAGUUUAAGUGAUUUUGGUUUUUUGAACUCAACCGGCCAUCCAAAUCGAUUUACUCGUACAGUUCCAUAUGAGUAAGUGUCAUUUUCUAAAAGCACAUUACACAAAUUAAGUGAUGAAAAAUAGUUGUCAAAAUAGACGUGAUGGUUAUGCCCGAAAAAUGGUUCUACUACGUCCAUAACAACUUGUUCCCCAAGUAAUAGUCCAUUAUUUCUUUCUUCCUUCUUACCCAAAUAUACUUUUCCAAACAAAAAAUAGCUGGUCCUGCUACAAGCAGAUACCUAAAUUUUUAUUCCCCAUUUUGCAGGUAUUUUGGGCAUAUAUACUUCAAACAAAAUCGGCCCUUAAAACCAAUCAUAGCCUCAUCAACAAUUAGAGAGGACAUGAUGCAGCGGGUAAGGGAGCCUAUAAACACAAUCAGUAGAGAAGAGAUAGUGAGAGCUGUAGAUAGCUUCACCUCAAGGAUUGAACUCUGUCUGGAAAACAAUGGGUUGCAGUUUGAGCACCGGUUUUAACUCUUCAUGAGGCACAUGUUCAUAAACACAUCUAGAUUUAGAUUUAUCUGGUUCAUCUAGGGAACAUGAGGCUGUACAUCUGAGCAACAUGUAAUUUGUUGAGUCAUGCAGCAAUCUGAGCAAAAUGCAAGAGGGCUGUUUCAUGAUCCUGUAACAUCAGAGCAACUUCUGCUAGUCCACGAGCUCAUCAUGGAGGCCAAUUUUCUGACAGAGCAGGAAAACCCUGGAAUGGAAUGUGUCUGCGACCACCCAUGGUGGAAAGACAGCAGCAAGCAAGAUUUCCUCUCCUGGACCUCGUCAGUGAGAAACGUAGAACUUAUACUAACAUUUUCCAGUCAAAAUGAAGAGAAGUCAAUGAGGAGGAGGGAAAUGACCACUGGUUCAGUGAUGCCUCCUACGACGUUUUCUGACUUGUGCAUGCCUCAACGCUCUAGUACAUUUGUUUAUUUUAACCUGAAUUGCACUUAUGUGUUGGGUUAGUUUACCACCAAGGAAGAGAUCAGGUCUUUAACGCAUUGCUGUUGAUUUCUUGUACUACAAAACAAUCACCGGAGUCUAAAAAAUCCUGUUUCUUGUUAAACAGGUUUGAUAAGUUUUAUUGAUUAUAAUUAAAUGUAUUUUAUGUAAAAUGUGUACGUAUACUCCUAAAUAGUGUGUAAGAAAUGUUUUAGGAUUAGUGAUCUGGUACAUAUUGUACUAAGUAUUAAUAUUCAUUGUUUGUGUGACAUAGAUUUUUGUGUAUGCCCUCAAAUAGUGUGCAAGAGACCUUUUAGAAUUAGCAUAAAUAUUGUAUAGAUCGUUCUAGAGUAAGUUGUCUUAUGUAAAUGAAUGGUUACCUGUUUGAUGGUAAUAACUUGUGUAAUGUACGAAUAAAGACCUUGAUUUUGAAA